CCGGACCGUCGACCCCGUCGCGAAAGUUCCAGCCUGCGAGCGCCGCCGGGCCGGCCGGACGUCCCCAGACCCUGGCCAUGCGGCUGCUGCUGCUCUUGGCCCCGCUGGCCUGGCUGCUCCUGGCCGAAGCGAAGGGCGACUCCAAGCCGGAGGACAACCUGUUAGUCCUGACGGUGGCCACAAGGGAGACGGAGGGGUUCCGGCGCUUCAAGCGCUCGGGUCAGUUCUUCAACUACAAGAUCCAGGCGUUGGGCCUGGGGGAGGACUGGAGUGGGGAGAAGGGGUCGUUGGCUGGCGGAGGGCUGAAGGUUCGGCUGCUGAAGAAAGCCCUGGAGAAGCAUGCAGACAAGGAGAACCUGGUCAUUCUCUUCACAGACAGCUACGACGUGGUGUUUGCCUCCGGGCCUCGAGAGCUGCUGAAGAAGUUCAGGCAAGCCAGGAGUCAGGUGGUCUUUUCAGCCGAGGAGCUCAUCUACCCGGACCGCAGGCUGGAGGCCAAGUACCCAGCCGUGUCCGACGGCAAGAGGUUCCUGGGCUCUGGAGGCUUCAUCGGUUAUGCCCCCAACCUCAGCAAACUGGUGGCCGAGUGGGAAGGCCAGGACAGUGAUAGCGACCAGCUCUUUUACACCAAGAUCUUCUUGGACCCAGAGAAGAGGGAACGGAUCAACAUCACCCUGGACCACCGCUGCCGUAUCUUCCAGAACCUGGAUGGAGCCCUGGAUGAGGUCGUGCUCAAGUUCGAGAUGGGCCACGUGAGAGCGAGAAACCUUGCCUACGACACCCUCCCAGUCCUGAUUCACGGCAAUGGGCCCACCAAGCUGCAGCUGAACUAUCUGGGCAACUACAUCCCGCGCUUCUGGACCUUCGAGACAGGCUGUGCCGUGUGUGAUGAGAACCUGCGAAGCCUCAGGGGGAUUGGGGAUGAAGCUCUGCCCACGGUCCUGGUCGGCGUGUUCAUCGAACAGCCCACGCCCUUCCUAUCCCUGUUCUUCCAGCGGCUUCUGCGCCUCCACUACCCCCGGAAACAGAUGCGGCUUUUCAUCCACAACCACGAACCAUACCACAAGGUUCAAGUGGAGCAGUUCCUGGCAGAGCAUGGCGACGAGUACCCGUCUGUGAAACUGGUGGGCCCCGAGGUUCGGAUGGCCAACGCCGACGCCAGGAACAUGGGCGCGGACCUGUGCCGGCAGGACCGGAGCUGCACCUAUUACUUCAGUGUGGACGCUGACGUGGCUCUGACUGAGCCGAAAACCUUGCGUCUGCUGAUCGAGCAGAACAAGAACGUCAUCGCCCCCUUGAUGACCCGCCAUGGGAGGCUGUGGUCAAACUUCUGGGGCGCGCUGAGUGCGGACGGCUACUAUGCCCGCUCCGAGGACUACGUGGACAUUGUGCAGGGCCGGCGUGUUGGCGUCUGGAACGUGCCAUACAUCUCGAACAUCUACCUGAUCAAGGGCAGUGCCCUGCGGGCCGAGCUGCAGCAGACAGACCUGUUCCACCACAGGAAGCUGGACCCCGACAUGGCCUUCUGUGCCAAUAUCCGUCAGCAGGAUGUGUUCAUGUUCCUGACCAACCGGCACACCUUUGGCCACCUGCUCUCCCUGGACAACUACCAGACCACACACCUUCACAAUGACCUCUGGGAGGUGUUCAGCAACCCCGAGGACUGGAAAGAGAAGUACAUCCACGAGAACUACACCAAGGCCCUGGCAGGGAAGCUGGUAGAGACGCCUUGCCCAGACGUCUACUGGUUCCCCAUCUUCACGGAGGCGGCAUGUGACGAGCUGGUGGAGGAGAUGGAGCACUACGGCCAGUGGUCUCUGGGAGAUAACAAGGACAACCGCAUCCAGGGCGGCUACGAGAACGUGCCGACCAUCGACAUCCACAUGAACCAGAUCAACUUUGAGCGGGAGUGGCACAAGUUCCUGGUGGAGUACAUCGCCCCCAUGACGGAGAAGCUCUACCCCGGCUACUACACCAGGGCCCAGUUCGACCUGGCCUUUGUCGUCCGCUACAAGCCGGACGAGCAGCCCUCACUCAUGCCACACCACGACGCCUCCACCUUCACCAUCAACAUCGCCCUGAACCGGGUCGGCGUGGAUUACGAGGGCGGGGGUUGUCGCUUCCUGCGUUACAACUGCUCCAUCCGAGCCCCACGGAAGGGCUGGACCCUCAUGCACCCCGGGCGACUCACGCACUACCAUGAGGGGCUCCCCACCACCAGGGGCACCCGCUACAUCGCCGUGUCCUUCGUGGAUCCCUAAUCAGCCAGGCCAGGCCGCCUCGGACCUCUUCCUCUUUGCCAACAACCACUGCCCAGCAGCACUCUGGGGCCUCGGGGUCCCGGCCUCCAGGCUCUUGAUCUCCAUUGCUCUUGGAGCCAUCGUCGGACAGACUCGGCCACGAGCCAGAGGCAGAGCCCACCUCCUCGGCUGGGGCAUUCCUGGGGCUCUGGACCCAGCCCAGGGAGACACUGUUCAUGUUCAUUGCUUUGUAGCAACUUGUCCUUUUCCCUCCUGGCUUCCUGAAAAAACCCAGUCCUCUUCCUUGGCUUCUUCUGUGGCCUGGACUUGAGCAGAGCAAGGACUUAGCCAGCUGCCCAGAGAGGCUCUAAGGGCGAGAAGACAGCCCCAGGACUUCUGCUCCAAGCUUCCGGGCAGACACAGAGACUCAGAUCAGAUUCAAGCUCCCUCCCUGCCCCCUCAGACUGCUGAAGCCCCUUCCUCAGCCGCUCCUAUCGUGGGAGCAGAGCCUCGUUCCCUGCAGACGAUGACUCAGAAAAUCUCCUGGGAGACGGGAAAGGUGUCGAUGCCACAGCUUCGUCCUCAAUGUAGGGGUGGCAGGGGGAGUGAGACUCCACACACAGCAGCACAUCACCCUGUCCUGGACGCCUCCAGAGGGAGGGAUGGACAGUCAGAAACAGGAGAGUUUCUAUUAAAGGUCAUUCACACCA